GAGCGCCAGUCAGUGGACGCUCAAUCGGCUAAACUUUUGGGCGAGGCGAGUCAGCGCUCGGCUGAGCUAUCAAGCAUGACUGAGGCGGCAGAGACUCUAGCUCAAACGGCCCGCACUCUCACUGCACAAAGGGCUCUCGCCGAGCGCUACGUCGCCGACCGCUCUGAACGCCGCGUUGCUCUCCGUCUCCAGUUGACCGAGAUCUCUGAAUCUGUUAAAGAACGCAAGGCAGCCGUAGAGACCCUCCGGAGUCAAGUGGCCUCUCAGCAAAUCUCUAUUCGAUCGCAAGUGGAAGAGGUGGUUCAACUGCGGAACGCCAUCACCGAUCGCAAGCAAGAAGAGACUGCAUUGCUUCAACAGGUUGCCGAGCGUCGAAGUCGCGCAGAGGCUGUGGAGACAGAAAAUAAGGCGAUUUCUUCGCGAAACGACUUGCUCUUCUUCACCCUCGACUACAUUGUGGCCAUCUGUUUGAGUCUCCUUUAG